AUGUAUCAACUCAUGGUCUCCUUCAUGGGGGUGUACUUUUCAGGACAGGGGGCAGGACAAAUGUUUAGUUUUGCAAGCAGUUUCACGAAGGCCACCCAAGCAGCGAAUUACUACUUUUGGCUCUCUGAGCUUGAGCCAACGAUCCAAGAGACCGAUAGUAAUAAGGAGAAAGGGCCAGCCAAGGAUUGCCAUUCCUAUGACUUCAAAAACGUGCAGUUUUCAUACCCUCUGGCUCCUGAUAACCGGGUUCUCAAGGGAGUCUCGCUCACUAUUGAACGAGGAGAGUUUGUGGCCUUUAUUGGCGCUUCUGGUUGUGGAAAGAGCACCAUGAUAUCACUGUUGGAGCGAUUUUAUGACCCGACCAGCGGUAGCAUCAUAAUUGACUCAGCGGCCUCAUUGACGUCGAUCAACCCCUUGCUGUACCGUAGCAAUAUUGCACUCGUACAGCAAGAACCUACGCUUUUUCCUGGAUCUAUUCGGGAGAAUAUCUCCCUGGGUAUAGAUAUUAGUGUUUCCGAAACAGUUUCUGACUCGGUUAUCGAAGAAGCUUGCCGCGGUGCUAAUGCAUGGGACUUCAUCUGCUCCAUGCCUGAUGGAUUAAAUACCCAGUCUGGUGCCAGCGGUAGCCAGCUUUCCGGAGGUCAGCGUCAGCGUAUCGCUAUCGCCCGAGCAUUAGUGCGAAAGCCUAAUGUUAUCCUGUUAGACGAGGCAACCAGUGCACUGGAUACCGAAUCUGAGCGAGUCAUCCAGGCAUCCCUUAUGGAAGCGGCUUCUACAGGCGAUCGUAUCACAAUUGCCGUGGCACAUCGACUAUCAACUGUUCGGGAGGCUAACCGUAUAUUUGUGUUCUAUAAUGGAAGAAUCGUCGAGGCCGGAACACACAGUGAGUUGAUUGAAAAGGAUGGCAUGUACGCGAAGAUGUGCGAGGCCCAGCGGCUCGACGGUGAUCCUUAA